GCGAGGAUGGUACGCUCUUUGUGGUUCCCCUGGGCAGCCGCCUGGACCCUGGGGCUGUGCAGGAUCACCGCUUUAAAACAGACGAUGUCCUUGUUCUUCCCCCCAAUGGGAGCAGGGCCCGGCCUUCAUCGCUUGUCUGGUGGCAGACAAUGGUUGGCGAUGCCUCCUUGGCCAUCAUUGGCACAGAGUUGGGAGAACUCUCCUUCAUCGAGUUGAGCACAGGGAAGGAAGUUGGUGGCACCUACAUCACUGUGCCAGUCACAGAGCUAGACUUGUGUCGGGACAACUCCUUGGAUACUGUCUAUUUGCUGAUCACAGGGCCAGAGGACAGGCAGUGGCGCUUGGUGCUGGAGCAGCGCAGUAGCCAGUAUCUCUUUCCCCUCGAACACAUAACCCCUGAAUGGCCAGAUGAUGAGAGUCCUGGGGCAUCGCUGCAUCGCUCGGGACCCCCCCACCGAUCCCGGCUGCUUGGCCUUAAGCAGCUGUCAGUGGAGAAGCUGCAAAUGCUUAAGCAAAGACUUGCAGAGGCCAAGACGGGCACUAGGAGGAAACCAUUAACUGAAAAUAAAGGUGUGGACACUUGUGAUAUUGAUGAACUGUCAGCCACAACUACCCCAGAGCAAAUUAUGACAACCUCCACAACCUCCAUAGCCUCAGGGGGUGACGGAGAGGCUGCUCCAUGCAUCUCUGCAAGACCCGAGAGGCUCUGCAAAUUCAUCCAUGACGUUAUUGCGACACCACAGUAUGCCAAAGAAAGAUACCUGUUAGCAGGGCAUUGCAAACCAAACACUACAUUGAUGAUUUACAGCACUGAUUUGGAACCCACUCCUCUCUUCGUCUUCAAAAUUAUACCUGAUGCUGAGAAAAUCAUCCUCCAAGAUGAGAUGAUCUUCCUCUCAGAUGCAACAUCGCGGCGGAAACUCACCAUCAUCUCUACAUUCUUCUCAUCCUCAUCAAAGAUAGAUGGAACUAUAGACAGCAAGGUGAACCCAGUGAUCCAGGAAAUAGACUUGCCGGAGGACGAAGAAAUUGUGUCCAUGCACUCUAGUCCCCCCUUGAUCUCACAGGAUGCUAACAGCAGUCCACCGCGCUCAGGCAGGUCAUCUGUUGUAGGGCGGAUUGGCAGAGAUGAAGAAGAUGAAGACUAUGUGGAACUGCCAAGUCACACAUGGCCCCAUGGAUGCAUUAUAUUAACUACCAAAUCUUUGUAUAUAUGUCAGCCAAGAACCAGCGUAGAAUCUCUCUUCAUGGACUUGGUGCUUCGAGCAGGUGAUAUUGAUAGUGCAAAUAAGCUUGGUGUGAUGUUCUCUCUGGACCCAAAGCUCUUUGAGCUUGCAGCAGAUGUGAAGCUUCAGUCCAGGAAUUUCAGUGCAGCCAUUGCCUUGUAUAAGCACUCGAGGUGUCCUCAUGUGAAGUGCUCAAUCAAGUUUGCUGGCCAAGGGCUAGUAACAGAGUUUCUCACCUACAUGGGCACACUGACCAGUGGCGUGAGUGGGCCAGACCUUGGGGUGGAAGAGCGCCGCAACCUGGCUAACCUCGCCAUCAUAUGUCAUUUGCACCAUCUGUGUCUUCCAGGCUCACACAAGCCACCUCAGCAGCAACAAGCCUUGAGAAACUUGCUUCUCUUCCUUAGGGACAAUCAGUACUAUGAUGAAGUGCUGGCACUCGCUCUGGCUGCUGGCUCCUGGCGCUGGGAGACCCUGCAGUACCUGGCUGCUUCACGAGGCCUCUAUCUUGAGAAACUACAGCUUUUGAUGGCAUCACAGGCGUCCCCUAUUCUAGACUCAAUUGAACUUGACCAGUUAGGAGGCCAGACCAGCAUUGACAGCGUCUCUCCUCUGGCACGAGAGAGGGAGGCUGGCUAUCUGCACUGUGUUUCAGACCCAGAGCUACGGCAGGUCCUCCUGACUCGUCCAACACUGGCACGAAGACACAUUGCUCUUGUGCUAGGGUUGCUUUCUACACUCGAGGUCCCUGUCCUCCGCCGUCUGGCUGACUUAUACAAUCCAACACAGCCAGCAAUAAGGCCAUUCUUACAGACAACCAAUGGUAAAAAACAGGCAUUUCCUCCAUUAUCAUCAAUGGUCCACAACUCUUGCCUGCUUGCAUAUGGUAGUGAAGAGCUGGUGUCAGUUGAAGCAUUUGUUGAGGUAUUCCUUUCUAUCAUCAUUCAUCUAAACCAAAGAAGAGGUUGGAUGUAUAAUCCUGAGCUUCUAACCUACAAGGUGGAGAUUCCAAAAGAGAUUGUGCCAGUACCUGUGGAUAAAGUACAUCACCAGGUGUUGGCAUGUGGAUAUGGUCACACUUCACUGAUUAUUGGUGAUGCUCUAUACACAUGGGGCAGGCCAGACUAUGGUGUUUUGGGCCAUGGGUCUCGGUGCACCACAAACCCUAAGCUUGUGUCAGGUGUGAAUGUCUUUCUCCCAGAAGAUCAGGAGCCGAACCUCAAUGGCACCGUCCCCCACCUUGUGUCUGGCACCAGCCCCUUGACACCACUCAUGAAUGGCAGAGGCCAGACUAGCUUAGUUUCCGAUGGCUCCGAGCCGAGGAUGGUUUCAUACUUUGCCCAGAUGAAAGUGCUGAGUGUGGCUGCAGGGAAGAACCAUAUGCUAGCCAUCACGGAUAAUGGGGUCUAUGGUUGGGGUAAUAGCAGGUAUGGUCAGGUAGGCACAGGUAGUACAGGUCGCUAUCCCAGGCCCACCCUGCUAACAAGUCUUGAGGGGAAGGGCAUUGUGAAUAUUGCCUGUGGGCAGUUCCACUCGAUGGCAGUCAGUGAGGAUGGCAAGCUGUACACAUGGGGUUGGGGGGUCCAUGGGCAGCUUGGGCACAGUAGCGUGGAGGAUGUGCAGGUGCCCACUGCCAUUGAGAGAUUAGCCAAAAAGAAAAUUGUUCUAGCACAAGGUGGUUAUGCACACACUGUAGCCAUGGCCUCAGAUGGGUCUGUGUACGCAUGGGGCUGUGGAACAUAUGGGCAGUGUGGAAAUGGUGGAAUCAUGAAAGUGACAAGGCCAGAGAGAGUCCCCCUCCCUGGACUUGCAACACACCUAGCUGCUGGAUACUUCCAAAAUAUUGCUGUAACAAAGAACCACAAAGUGUACACAUGGGGCAAUAAUCCAGCCUGCCUUAGGGUACAGGCUCAGCUGCAACGGCGGGCCCGACUAACACAGCAAGGUGAAGGAGGAAAGAAAGAGGUAGAGAAUGGCAAAAUGAAUGGUGAGAGCAAGGAAGAAAACAGCCCUGACCACAAGGCAGAAAAUAGCUCAGGGAUCACUGGAGAAACACCAGAACUGCAGUCACCAGAUAAGGAUGAGCUCAGCAAGGCUGUCAAUGGUGCUAGUUCCGAAUCUGAAAGCCAAGGCACACUCAGUGAGGGAGAAGCAGAGGUAGUCCUUGAUGACGGUGAAGACACCAUUGCAACUCUGCCCGAAGAUGAGGAGGAGGCAGAGGGCAAUGGAGGUGCCAAGUCUUUCAUUAUUUCCCCUGAACCGUCUCCAGAGAAGGCAUCUGAGGUCAGGAUAGGGAAUGGCGAUGAUAGAGAGAAGUCUGAUGAGGCCAGCAAUGCGGACAGCACAAACAACAGCCAGAGCUCAAACCCACCUCAAGAAAACACCAGUGAAGGAAAUUCCAACAGUAGUUCAAAUAGCAAUGGAAAUUCACUGUCUUAUAGUGGGAGUAGGGCUGUUACCGCAAACACUGUUCCAUCCUGUGACCCAAGUGACUUGGGCCACCUGUUACCUCAGGAGGUGGAAAUGCCCCAUGGGUUUGGGGCAGUGAGAGCUAUUGCCUGUGGUAGCCAGCAUUCCAUCCUCCUAACUACUCACGGUGCCCUCUAUGCUUGGGGAAGGAACAUGUCUGGGCAGUUAGGAACUGGAAACCGGAGAGAGGUUUUGAGCCCAACACGCAUAUUGGACGACGCUUACAUCACCAGCAUAGCUUGUGGGGCUGAUUUUACUCUGGCCCUUGAAUCUCAGGGACAGUUAUGGGGAUGGGGAUCAAACUAUUAUUCUCAGCUUGGGAAAAGUAACACGCCUGAGGAGGAUAAGGGACAAGCAGGACGGGUGUUCAUGCUCCGCACCACAAAGCGUGUUCUCAAAGUUCCACACAGCGUCCACUCCAACUGCGAAACCCCAAGAGUUGUAAAUGGUCUCCCACCUCACCCACAUCCUCCACCUCAUCACUAUGCAGCGUCCAACAACAAUCAUGAGAAGCCCACUGGAGGGGCCCACUGGUGGCUGAGCCGAGUCAGACUAGAAACUGUGGACGGUCAUCCUGAGAGCAAAGGGGGCACAAAAUCAGAUGACAUAGAUGAUGGAGCUUAUGCUGACCGCACUCUUCACACUGCUCUUACGUUCCUCCAUGGCAGUUACAAUAUCAAGAACCUUACAAAUAUGCUCCAAGAAACCAGAGCUCACCAGGCCCUAGCAACAGUGUACACCUUGGAACGGCAGUACAGCCAGGCCAUGCACCACCACCUCUGUGCUCUCUUGAAGCAAAGUGGUGGACUUUACAAGUUGGAAGGGAAGGAUAAAUCAAGCGAACUUGAGGGAGGAGACAGAGGAGAGAAGGAGGCUAAUUGUUCUAGUCAAGAAAAACACAAUGGUACUCCACCUCCAGAUAAAAGUCUUGUAAGUGAGGCAGUAAGAAUAAUUGAUCAUUAUUUAAGGCUACAAACAGAAGAGUCACAGACAGGAAUGAGACACGUUCUGCAGGAAGGCAUAUCACUCUGGCUCUCACAUUCUUUACCUCUGGCACAGCUGGAGGACCUGCUUUUGACACACCUUCCUCGCACUGUCUAUCCUUUGGCACUAUUGCUGUUUGGUGAUGGUGCAGUGACAGACAGCAAAGAGGGGGCAGAGGAUGCAACAGAAGACCCAGCCAUGAAAGUACUUGGUCAGCUUUCCACCAAAUUCUGCCUCAAUCUUUGCUCUUCAGUUAUCAAUCAUCUCCAGGCUGGAGGUGCAGGUGGGGAGUAUGUAGAGCUGUUGGCACAGGUGAGUGGUAUACAGCCCAGUGCUGAUGCCAGCCAGGGUGCCAGGGCUGGCAGUGAGGACUCUAGUCAGCUGGAUUUAGCAGUAGAUGCCCUGAACAAGAAGGCACCAGACACUAUCAACCUGAACAAGGAAGACAUUGCCAAACUCCAAAAAGACGAUGCCUUUGUGGGCAAGAAAACAGAGGCAAGAGGCUCCAUAGGUGGGUCCUCCCAGAAGCAGAAGGGGGGAAAGGCAGCAAAGGAACCUGAGAAGGACUGUGUGCUUUUCACGUGUGGCCAUCACUUCACAAACAAGGAUUUCAAGACUCGUGUAUUACCUCAAAUGGAGACAUCUGUGAUGUCGGUUCCUGGACUUCUGGGGAAGACAGCUAGAGUUCUUUUAGACCAGUACCAUAGCGACCAACCUGAGAUGGCCUGCCCACAUUGUGUGCUUGCUCAUCUCACAAUUAAGCUAACAAAGCACAAGCAAACCAACUAAGGGAUUGAUAAUCAGGACUGCUGUCUGAAGAGUGUGAUGACUUUUUUUAUAUUUCAUAUAUUACAAUGUUUUUUCUCUCCUCUUAGUGAGACUGUGGUUAGAAAUACCUGUAUUGUUUCUAUGAGAGGGAAAAGGUAGAGGUGGGGGGUCAUCAGAGGGGUUUUAGAUGACAUAUCGAGAGUAUUUUGAUUACAGUAUAGAUUAUGGAUUUUUUAUUAUUUGUUUAUUUUUUAUUUUAUUUUUUUUUCUUCCUUUUUUUUUUUGAGGACUUAUUUUGGCAACACUCAAAGCACAAGGGCAAAAAACAAUUUAGGCAGGAUUAGUCAUGGUCACAAGUGCUACUUAAUGUGAGGUAGUUUAGCCUCUGGAAAUAGAUUGUUUAUCUUCAAAUUAUUGUUUUAAGGAAAGGAUUUAUCUGACUAGGAUAAUGUCUGUAGUGACAAUUGUGUGUGGUGUGUUCAGAUACCAGAUUUUUCUAUAAACUUCAAGCUAGAGCUGAGUGUUUUUAACAGUUUAUAUAUAUAGGUAAUAUAUAUAUAUAUAAAGAGUCUGGAAAUGCCAUGGUCAACAUCCAGACUUGGAAAGUUGUGAUGUGUACUGCACUGUGAGACGAGUCACAGAGUCACGGGUGCAACCACAAAAAUUCCUUGGUAAUUCAUAAAUAUACAGUUAACAAAGUGAAAUAAAUUUGAUAUAAAGAACUUGAAGAUCAAAUUGGUAAAGGAAAACUUUCUGUUGACAGUGAGGACAAUGGGUUAAGGGGAGAUUUUUAUGUAUAUAUAUCUUUUACAUCUCAAGAUAUCACUCACUUUGUAAUGCACUUUUACAAAUUCAUAAACAGGCAAGUAGACACAUUCAGACAUACAUGGACAUGCAAGCA